UGUUAAUUAGUCUGUGCUAUUUAUGCAGAUUGGAAUUUGAAAAUAUUAUUGACGGAAAUGUCUUCCAAGAAUUAUGAAUUAUCAGAUGACGAAGAAGAACAUUACAUAUUUGUUGAGUUUGACGAUAGCGUUAAACUAGAAAAAUAUAGGAACAUUCAUGUUCUAGGUAUUGAUACGAAAAACCCUUUAAUUCAGUUAGAUAACACAUUUUUCUCAGGUACCUAUGAAAAUCCAUUAGGAACACAUAUUUUUUUUGAAGAUGAUCCUUUAGCGCAAACAAGUGAUCCACUAUUUGACAAAUUACCUGAAAGAAGUCUUAAAUAUAAGACAAAAUCAAGAAAAACUGUAAAAGCUGAACAUGUUUAUAUAAAGAUGAAAGAAGGAACUGAAAGUGAAGCUCAAAUCAAACAAGAUAAAACAGACCAUGAGAUACCAGCAGUUUCAUUUACUUCAGUGGCAGAAGCAGUAGAAAGAUUUAAAAAAGAUUGGAUGUCAUCACACCCUGAAUUGUUUAAUGAAAGAAAGUAAGUGAUAAAGAAGAAAAUUAUUCUUUGUCAUUUUACUUUUGUUAUUUACUAGAACUCAUUCCUAUGAUUAUUAUAAUAAAAUGUCUUUUAUUUAUGCC